AUGUCGGCAGAGGAAGUUGUUCCGACGCCCGUCGUCGAGCAUGGCAUUGACUACUGGAACAAACAAAAGGCCGAUGAGGACGGCGUGCUAGGCGGAUUUGGGACCGGGUCCCUACCGCGCAUAGAAAGCCUGGGAUCCCGCCUGUUCCUCCUCAACCUACUUCCCGAGCUCUGCACGGUCUCCUCUGCGCUCAAGCCUUUGGACUCAUCCCCCCUCUCUACCAAUCGUAGACAUCGAGCGCUCGAUGUCGGUGCAGGCGUAGGACGCGUCACCGCAGACACCCUGCUGCACCUUGUCUCCGACGUCGUUCUUCUGGAGCCCGUCGAUCAAUUCAUUCAGGUGGCGCUCUCACGCGGCCAGGGCAAAACCAAAGCAAAAUGGCGCGGUGUAGAAGACAAGUCCAAGAGUGUGACCUUUGUCCAAGGUACCCUGCAAGCCUUCGACCCAUCCGCGCCGAUCUCCGAGCAGGAUGUAUCCGUUCUCGGUCGGGUAGGAUACCAACCCGAAGGAGUAGAGAGCGGUUUCGACGUCGUCUGGUGUCAAUGGUGUCUGGGCCAUCUUAGCGAUCCCGACUUGAUCCUGUUCCUCAAGCGCAGCCGGCAGUCCCUCCGGGGUCCCAGGAGCCUCAUCGUGAUCAAGGAGAAUUGCUGCUCGGACGGGCCUAACGGCGAGCCGAGGGAAGCUUUCGAUGAGGAUGACUCGAGUCUGACGAGGUCUGACAUGGCUUGGAAGAAGGCCUUCGAGUUAGCCGGUCUUCGUCUCGUGCGGGAGCAGGUGCAGGAGGGCCUCCCAGAAGGCCUCUACGUCGUGAAAAUGUAG